AUGAAGCUCAAUCUACUAUCUUUUGCUUUCGCGGCAAGCGUUCUUGGUGGAGUCAUGGACUCAAAUGGCGGCGACGGCACCAUCUGCGCGAGUGACCAAUGUGUUGUUUGCUCUGGAAAUGGCCAAGGCGGGCUCCUAAGUUUAGGAAAUAUUGCGCCGGGCGCGUUAGGUGACUCUUGCUCCGGCGGCGACGUUUACUGUUGUGAUAACCAGGCUGUUCAGAAUGGUCUUGCGAAUCUCGAUUUGAAUGUACAAUGCAGUCUUAAUCACGUUCUUUGA